CAGCGCCAUAGAGAAGGACGAGAGAGAGAAGAGGAAGAAAAGAUUAUUAUUUUUUCCUUAUUUCGGCCUUAAUAUCGAGUUCAUUUGGAUUCCUUGGUGUCCAGGAGGCUGCGGGAGGAACCGAGGUUGUUUCAAGAUGGGUUUGGGCUCCAUGGCUGUGCUUGCUGUCUGAUUUGAAAGCCGAGGGCACUAGAAAACCCUGUGGACUAGCACUGCCGAUGUUCGACUCCCAGCCUAGAUGUGUGCAGAUGCUUUGGAGUUCGUAACCAGCACCUACGCAAGAACCCAAGGCCGAGAUUGUGGGUGUGAGUGGUGUGGCAGAGUACAUGGCUCGAGAAAUGAUCUUGAACAUGUCGUCAGCAUUUGCCAUAGGAAGAUAGAAGCUAUGACGGCAUACCCAAUCAAACAGACAUGAGACGCCCCCUGCCUUUCAGAGAACACUCCUCCUAUGUCAUUUAAACCUUUAUGCAGUCGUGUGCCUUUUGGAGAGAUGGAAAAAAUAUUUUUUGAGAAGUGGUAAGAUGAAGAAAAACAAGAUGGCACUUGAAUGUGCCGACUGUGGUAAGGUGUUCAAAAGGAGCGACCACCUGAAGACGCACCAGAAGAUUCACACGGGAGAGAAACCGUUUGAAUGUUCCGAGUGCGGAAAAAGGUUUGGUAGGCUCGGUGACCUGACUGUGCACCAGAGGGUUCACUCGGGAGAAAAACCGUACGAGUGCCAUGUCUGCGGGAAGAAAUUCAAAGUAAAUAGUGAUUUGAGCGUACACCAGAGAAGUCACACGGGAGAAAGACCCUACGAGUGCUCCGAGUGCGGGAAAAGGUUUAAUCGAAGUAGUCAUCUGAAGACACACCAGAGGAUUCACUCUGGUGAGAAAAAGUUUGAGUGUCCUCAGUGCGACAAAAAGUUUCUUCGAAAUAGUGAUCUGAAGGGACAUGUGGCCACUCACGCGGUGAAGAAAAGGUUUGAGUGUUCCGACUGUGGAAAAGGUUUUGUCAAGAAGAGUGAUCUACAAGCACAUGAAAGGAUGCAUGCUGGAGACGCACCAUUUGAGUGUUCCGAGUGUGGGAAAAGGUUUUUUCAGAGGAGUCAUCUGAAUGCACACCAGAAGAUUCACGCGGAUGACAAUCCCUUUGAGUGUUCCGAGUGCGGGAAAAAGUUUAAUAAAAAUUGCAAUCUGAAGGCACAUGAAAGGGUUCACUCUGGAGAAAAACCAUACGAGUGCUCUGAGUGUGGGAAAAGAUUCACUGUAAGUGCUUCUCUAAAGAUACACCAGAAGCUCCACAAAAAGACCCUCUUUGAAUGCACCGAGUGCGGGGAAAAGUUUGAAGAAACUGGCGAGUUGGAGAAACACCUGAUAUCACACAUUGAAGAGAAGCCGUUUGAGUGUUCUGAGUGUGGAGAAGGUUUCCUUCAAAGUGCCGAUCUAAAGACACACCAGAAGGUUCACUCUGAGCUUGAGGAAAUGAUUGAUGUAGAGGUGUCUGAGGAAAAGGUCAUUGUAAGUGAGUCUGUGAUAGAGGAUGCUGUAAGUGAGUCUGGGGAAGAGAAUAGUUUAGACGAAUCUUUGGAAAAGGUUAAUGGAAAUGAGUCUGACAAAACAGUUGUUAUAAAUGACAUGAAAAUGCCCCCAAGGCUUCACAUGCGUGAAAGACCAUCUGAAUGUUCAGGCUGUGGGAAAAAGUUUGAUCGAGAUGAUAAUCGGAAGACAGGGAAUGACUCUGAGGAAAAGCCACUCAAGUGCUCAGAUUGUGGGAAAAUAUUCAUAAAUAUCUGCUUUAAUGAUAGUAGUUUACAGGCACAGCUGUUGAUAAACACAGGUGAAAGACAACACAGGUGUUCUGUUUGUGGGAAAGUGUUUAGUCGGAGUGAUAGCCUAAGACUACACCAUAGAAUUCACACAGGUGAGAAACCUUACGAAUGUUUGGAGUGUGGGAAAAGGUUUAUUGAAAGUAGUAAGUUAAAAAGACACGAGAUUAUUCACUCCGGGGAAAAAACCAUUUAA